CCACUACGCCUGGCUGGUGAUAGUUUUACUUACAGCAGCCGUGAGUGCCCUCAUGUCUCACACGUGUGCAACGGAUUCAUCCUCCCGGGCCCUCUGUUUUGAUUUACUGGGGCCUAGAGGGGUCGGGACUUUCUUUCCUGGGGACGCUGCUCUUGGUCCAGCACUAGGCAGCUCUAGGGUGUGGCUGGACCUGGUCCCCAUCACCAGCCCCAGCAGGCAGGAGUAAAAUGGGGGCCCAGGGAAGGUGGCUUUCUGGGUCUGAGAGUCUCCCCUCUGUUAACCACAGCUGCUGCAGGCAAGAGAGCCAGCCCCAGGUGACUGAAGUAGACACAUGGUUGAUGCCUCCCUGCAGAUUUAUCUCCAGCGAGGGAGCUCCUGCGAUUUUGCUGGCUUCUAGGAGGGUUGGGCAUCUCCAAGAGCAUCAAAGACAGGAUCUCAGCCAGGCUCCCUGGGGCGACAUGCUGUUAAUGCUGAUGUCACUGGGGAGUUUGAGUGGGGUAUGGAGUGGGGUAGAAGGGAGUGGGCUGGCUUGGGGGCUCAGGCUGUGUGUCCAGCCCCUGACGGUGACGCUGCAGUGAUGGACGUUGUGGGAAGAGCUAGGGCCUCUGUGUUCUUUCUGAACCUCACCCAUAAAAGGGGACAGUGGGACUGUCCUGAGACCCCUUUUAACUCUGACCUUUGUUAGGUGUGGGCUUUGGAUGGCAGUAGGAAUGACCUGCGCCUCGGGCCUGCCCGGCCUCUGGAUCCCUGAGUGGUGUCAGGCAGUCUCUGCAUCUGUCUCCGAAUUCUUCAGUAGAAAUAAUAAUAGCAGCGUCUGCUGAGCACUUACCAGAUGACAGGCGCUGUUUGAAGUGUUGACUGAUCUAACCCUCCUGAUCAUUUGGAGGUAGGUAAUCCUCUUAUCCCUGGUUUAGAGAUGAGGAGACUGAAGCACAGAGAGGUGAAGUAACUUGUCCAAGUCUUGUGAGAGCCAAGACUCAGAUAUAGCCUGCUUUUAAGAGUGUCGGCUCUUAAUCACCCCUCACGCACUCUGUGGAACAAGAGCGACACUGCCACCUGCAUUACUGCUAUGAGGACUGAAGGCAGUUAGUCUAGGACUUGGGACACAGAAGGUGCUCAGCUAAUGUCAGAUGGGUUCCCAUGGCUGGACCUGGCUGUCAUCCCCUCCUUCAGGCUCAACCUCCAUCCCAUCCCCAGGCCAGUGACUAAGGCCAUCUCUGGCCAGGUGGGAAAUCUCAUGGGCUAAAGGUGGCACUGGCUGGCGUUCCCCAGCUCAUUGUCCAGUGCCCUGGGACACUCCAGAGGGCUGAGCCAGCACCUUCUUCCCUCCCCCGCGAGCUCUUGGAGUCCCAUCUGCUGGGAGUCCUGCUUACAAGGGGCUCUGCUCCCUAAAACCUGCUCCCAGGGUCAAGCCCACAGGGCACCUUGGGACGAGGGGUCGAGGCCCGGCCUAGGGUGCGUUUAGCACCGGAGAGCUCACGGUGGGGGCAGGCUCCUGGGUUAGGGCUUCUGUUUGCUCGCUCCAGCCCUUUCCGACCAGCUGGGCACCAGCAGCACCUUCCAGACCCAGGACCGAGGCACAGGUCACAUCACAGGAGGUCCCCACAAAGACCCCCGGGUGUCUGCUGAUGCAGCAGCAGCCAUCAGCAGAUCCUUGGGCUGUGCAGAGUCCUGUAGUGAUGUCACCCCAGUCCAUUUUGACCAUAGCCUUAAGAGGGGUAUUGUUAACCCUAUUUUAUAAAAGAAGAAACUGAGGCCCCAGAGCAGUUCAUCCAGCCAGAGGAUGGGGAGAGGGUUCUCCCUGAGCUGUCAGGGAAGGCCCUGGGGUGGGAGCCCAGCCUGGCAGUCAGGAAGGGAGGGACGUUUCCCCAGAGGGAAGGGUGUGAGCCCAGAGGGGGAAGGAGCCACUGUUUCAGCCCUUGUGACUGGGAGGGGAGCUGUGUCGAGGAGGCCAUGGGGUGGGGCUGAGGGGCUGGAGCCAGGCACUGCAGCUGGUACCCGGAGGUGUGACGAUAGGUGGUGUGAGACUCGGGCCCCAGGGACUCUCUGUUGAGCUGGAGAGGGGAUGGGCAGCAAGGAGUCAGCAGGUUAACUGUAACACAGUGUGACCAGGGCCACGCUGGGGGAAGGGGUCCAGGAUUCCCAUAAGAGAGCAGCCUGUUUCCCAGGAGGAGAGUGGGGUACAGGGAGGAUGUCAGGGAGGGCUUCAGAGAGGAGGUGACUUUUAGCUGACUUAGAGAGAUGAGUCGAAUUUCACUUGUCAGAGCUAGAGUAAGCAAAACAUGGACCCUUCCAGUGUCUGGGGAGCAGCAUAUUUCGGGGGUGUUAAGAAAGAAGGGUGUGGCAGUGUAAGAAGGUACUGGAGAGCCUCCCCAGCCAGAAGGACUGGUCAGCCGAGGGUGGGCUCUGUGCUGGAGUCUGUCUGAACCAGGAUCCCUUUCUGCUCAGGGGAUAAAGGAAUGCAUGGAUUCAGAGAGGGUGAGGCAUGUGCUGUCCUUCCAGGGUAACUGAGGCAUUUAGCUGUUGCCCGAGGGGCUUGGACUUUGUCCUGCAGGCCAUGGGGGGCCAGGAAGGGUUUUAAAGUAGGGGGCAACGUGCAUUUUUAAAAAGCGUUUGCAUUUUUAGAAGGAGGAACUCCCCGAAGGGUUAAUACUCAGUCCAGGGGCCUGAAUCACCAGCGGUGAAAUUGGGCUGUGUGGGUGGGGGAAGAACAAGGCUUCCUCGGGCUGCUGAAGUCAUUCCAUCCAUGUGAGAGGAGCCCUGGCACCCCGUUCACACUUGCCUGUGCUGGGGGCCCAACCGGAGGCAGGAGGAGCCCCCAGCAAUGCGUGCCCCCUGCUGGAAGGUGUGCCGUGCCUGCCCUGGAAGCCCCACUGGUGUGGGAUAGGAAGGACAGACAGCACCCACCCAUGCCCCACUGUGGCUGUGAGAGGGCAGGACCCUGUGCCCCAGGGGAAGACAGUCAGAAGAGGUGCUUUGUGGCAGCCCCAGACCAGGAAAUAGCCUCUGUCCUCCCCCUCCUGAGACAUUUCCUCCAGAUGAAAUCACAUCCCCAGCAGGGGAACAGGCCCUUAUUGUGAUGGGCUGGGGUCUCUAGAGAAAGGAUACCAUUGAGGCCCUUAAAAAUAGCAGCCUGGAGAGAUGUAUGAACUGGCCUGUAGAGUGGUGUGGCCCACCCCCAAACCCCCUGCCGCACAGGCCCUGCCACCCCCACCCCAGACCUUGACCUGUUGAUGACCAGCUGGAGAAUCCACCAGGCCAGGCGGGAGGGGCAGCUGGUCCUGAAAGGUUUCCCCUGCACUCCCUCUGCCUCACCCACCCCGGCUAAGACAGCUAGGGCCUCUGCAGAUCUUCUCUCAUGUAAUUCUCACCAGGACUUUAGGAAGUAGGGAUAAUCGACAUUUUACAAACUGACAUUUAACAGUUGAAGAAACUGAGGCACAACUCACAAGUCACACAGUGGGUGUGUGGUAGAGCCCAGGUUCAAAACCAGCCAGCCUGGCAGUUGAAUCCCAACCUCUGUGCCUUGGAUUCUAUGGUGGUGGGCUGGCCACAGGUGCAGGCCUGUCACCGGGGACCCAGCAGGGUCUGCCCCCAGGAGUCCUGCCACGUGCUCUAGGUAGGCACCAGUGUUGAUCAUGGCAGUUGGCCUCAGGCUGGUCACCUUGAGCUGGUGGCAGUGGUGACCACUGGUUAUAUCCCUCCAGCAUCUUGACAGUCCUGCAGCCACCUCUGCAGGGCCCAGUGCCAGGUUCGGCGCACUCCUUCCAGCCUGAGAGCUGGGGCGAGCAGGCACGGUUUGGGCAGAGGAGGGGAGUGCAGAGUGAGUGUGAGUGUGCUGGGUGGAUGGUGUGUGAGAUGGAGGAGUGUUAGCUAUCCUGGGCUCCAUGAUGCCAAGGUGGCAGCAAGAGGAGGGACUUCCUAGGGUGACUAGGAAGGGCCGUCCACGGGGUGGACCUGAGAAGGAGAUAUUCUGGGGUGCUGACAGGGGCAAGCCUGGGGGCAGGCUGGGUGCAGGCUGGGUAGGGCUGGACCUUCGCCCGCCAGCCAGCCUCUCUGGGAUAGCACUGCUCCCUCCUCCCCCGUCUGGCCAGAUCAGAGCAGGAUGCGGAGCUACAGCACCUGCGGGGGCGUGCUGCCUUCCUACCUCAAGAUUCAUUCCAUUCCAUUCCAUUUCAUUCCAUUCAUGUGAGGGACUCCCGGCAGCCUGACAGCCCCCUGAGCCCGACCCUGUGCUGCACCUUACCCUCUGUGAGCCACCUGGAGAGAGGGGGAGGGGGUGGCAAUACCAGCUGUUGGCAGCUCUGUUCUGGCCCAGCCCAGCUGCCACCCGCGGUGCCCCAGCCCCCUCCUGUCCUAUCUUGUCCAACCCUAAUCUGAAGCUGGUGCUGUCAGCUACUUGUCACAGGCACUGCUGGAGCCCCGGUCCCCUGCAGUCCACAGGCCCCCCCAAGUCCAGCCACCCCACCACCACGCUCCCUCACUCUCCACCCUUCUCCCCGCUUCCCAGAAGCUGAGCUCCGACUCCUCCUUGGAGAGAGAGUGGGAUGAUGUCACUUCCUGAGGGUGGGGGGAGGAGUAGGCACGACCCCGGCAGGCUAGCCCGCCAGCCUGCCCGGGGCCACAGCUUGCCAAGUGGCUGCAGCGGGGAUAAGGAGGCGGGCCGGGCGGACAUGCCGGCUGGCCACCCAGCCCUACGCCCUCUCGCCCACCCCAAGGGCUAUGCCCACUGGCCAGGGAAGACUUGGCUGCUUCCUUCCCGAAUAAUGCCGGGCUCCUUGGACACACAUUUUCCCUGGAGCCGUCACUGGGGAGAGGAGGAUCUGCCGCCUGCCCCGGACCAGGUGCCAUGAGGUGAGCGCCAGGCCCGCUGAGCCUCUGCAGAGCCACCAGCCAUGCCCGGGAUCGUGGUGUUCCGGCGGCGCUGGUCUGUGGGCAGCGAUGACCUUGUCCUGCCGGCCAUCUUCCUCUUCCUCCUGCACACCACCUGGUUUGUGAUCCUGUCCGUGGUGCUCUUCGGCCUGGUCUACAGCCCGCACGAGGCCUGCUCCCUGAACUUGGUGGACCACGGCCGAGGCUACCUGGGCAUCCUGCUGAGCUGCAUGAUCGCUGAGAUGGCCAUCAUCUGGCUGAGCAUGCGUGGGGGCAUCCUCUACACGGAGCCCCGCGACUCCAUGCAGUACGUGCUCUACGUGCGCCUGGCCAUCCUGGUGAUCGAGUUCAUCUACGCCAUCGUGGGCAUCGUGUGGCUCACUCAAUACUACAACUCCUGCAAUGACCUCACUGCCAAGAAUGUCACCCUCGGGAUGGUUGUCUGCAACUGGGUAGUCAUCCUCAGUGUGUGCAUCACCGUCCUCUGUGUCUUCGACCCCACGGGCCGCACCUUUGUCAAGCUGAGAGCCACCAAGAGGCGGCAGCGUAACCUUCGGACCUACAACCUGCGGCACCGCUUAGAGGAGGGUCAGGCCACCAGCUGGUCACGCCGGCUCAAAGUGUUCCUCUGCUGCACGCGGACGAAAGACUCCCAGUCAGAUGCCUACUCAGAGAUCGCCUACCUCUUUGCGGAGUUCUUCCGGGACCUGGACAUUGUCCCGUCCGACAUCAUCGCUGGCCUGGUGCUGCUCCGGCAGCGGCAGCGGGCCAAGCGCAACGCCGUGCUGGACGAGGCAAACAAUGACAUCUUGGCCUUUCUGUCUGGGAUGCCAGUGACAAGAAACACCAAGUACCUCGACCUCAAGAAUUCGCAAGAAAUGCUCCGCUACAAAGAGGUCUGCUACUACAUGCUGUUCGCCCUGGCCGCCUACGGCUGGCCCAUGUACCUGAUGCGGAAACCCGCCUGCGGCCUCUGCCACCUGGCUCGGUCUUGCUCGUGUUGCCUGUGUCCUGCGAGGCCACGGUUCGCCCCUGGAGUCACCAUCGAGGAAGACAACUGCUGCGGCUGCAAUGCUAUUGCCAUCCGGCGCCACUUUCUGGACGAGAACAUGACGGCGGUGGACAUCGUCUACACCUCCUGCCACGAUGCGGUCUACGAAACGCCCUUCUACGUGGCGGUGGACCAUGACAAGAAGAAGGUGGUGAUCAGUAUCCGGGGGACCCUGUCCCCCAAGGACGCCCUGACUGACCUGACGGGUGAUGCUGAGCGCCUCCCCGUGGAGGGACACCACGGCACCUGGCUGGGCCACAAGGGAAUGGUGCUCUCAGCUGAGUACAUCAAGAAGAAACUGGAGCAGGAAAUGGUCCUGUCCCAGGCCUUCGGGCGAGACCUGGGUCGUGGAACCAAACACUAUGGCCUGAUUGUGGUGGGCCACUCCCUGGGUGCGGGCACGGCUGCCAUCCUCUCCUUCCUUCUGCGCCCGCAGUACCCGACCCUCAAGUGCUUUGCCUACUCCCCCCCAGGGGGCCUGCUGAGUGAGGAUGCGAUGGAGUAUUCCAAGGAGUUCGUGACUGCUGUGGUUCUGGGCAAAGACCUCGUUCCCAGGAUCGGCCUCUCCCAGCUGGAAGGCUUCCGCAGACAGCUCCUGGAUGUCCUGCAGCGAAGCACCAAGCCCAAAUGGCGGAUCAUCGUGGGGGCCACCAAAUGCAUCCCCAAGUCAGAGCUGCCUGAGGAGGUAGAGGUGACCACCCUGGCCAGCACGCGGCUCUGGACCCACCCCAGUGACCUGACUAUCGCCCUCUCGGCCAGCACCCCACUCUACCCGCCCGGCCGCAUCAUCCACGUGGUCCACAGCCACCCUGCAGAGCAGUGCUGCUGCUGUGAGCAGGAGGAGCCCACGUACUUUGCCAUCUGGGGCGACAACAAGGCCUUCAAUGAGGUGAUCAUCUCACCAGCCAUGCUGCACGAGCACCUGCCGUAUGUGGUCAUGGAGGGGCUCAACAAGGUGCUGGAGAACUAUAACAAGGGGAAGACUGCUCUGCUGUCUGCUGCCAAGGUCAUGGUGAGCCCUACCGAGGUGGACCUGACUCCUGAGCUCAUCUUCCAGCAGCAGCCACUCCCCACGGGGCCGCCCAUGCCCACUGGCCUCGCCCUGGAGCUGCCGGCUGCAGACCACCGCAACAGCAACGUCAGGAGCAAGUCCCAGUCUGAGAUGAGCCUGGAGGGCUUCUCGGAGGGGCGACUGCUGUCUCCCGUGGCUGCGGCGGCGGCGGCUCGCCAGGACCCGGUGGAGCUGCUGCUGCUGUCCACCCAGGAGCGGCUGGCUGCAGAGCUGCAGGUCCGGCGGGCGCCGCUGGCCACCAUGGAGAGCCUCUCGGACACGGAGUCCCUGUACAGCUUUGACUCGCGCCGCUCCUCGGGCUUCCGCAGCAUCCGAGGCUCGCCCAGCCUCCACGCUGUGCUGGAGCGUGACGAGGGCCACCUCUUCUACAUUGACCCGGCCAUCCCCGAGGAAAACCCGUCCCUGAGCUCACGAACUGAGCUGCUGGCGGCUGAUAGCCUGUCCAAGCACUCGCAGGACACGCAGCCCCUGGAAGCGGCCCUGGGCAGUGGAGGCGUCACUCCUGAGCGGCCCCCUAGUGCCGCGGCCAACGAGGAGGAAGAGGUGGGGGGCGGCAGUGGCAGGCCGGCCUCCCGAGGGGAGCUGGCGCUGCACAACGGGCGACUGGGGGACUCACCCAGCCCUCAGGUGCUGGAAUUCGCCGAGUUCAUCGACAGCCUCUUCAACCUGGACAGCAAGAGCAGCUCCUUCCAGGACCUCUACUGCAUGGUGGUGCCCGAGAGCCCCACCAGCGACUAUGCCGAGGGCCCCAAGUCCCCCAGCCAGCAAGAGAUCCUGCUCCGUGCCCAGUUCGAGCCCAACCUGGUGCCCAAGCCCCCGAGGCUCUUUGCCGGCUCGGCCGACCCCUCCUCGGGCAUCUCACUCUCACCCUCCUUCCCGCUCAGCUCCUCUGGUGAGCUCAUGGACCUGACGCCCACGGGCCUCAGCAGCCAGGAAUGCCUGGCAGCUGACAAGAUCCGGACUUCUACCCCCACUGGCCAUGGGGCCAGCCCCGCCAAGCAGGAUGAGCUGGUCAUCUCAGCACGCUAG